UAGGAAACCCAGGACUGGCCGCUGCAGGCGCUUUGCUGAGCUUGGGGUCUUUGUCAAGCUCUGGCGGUGGAGGUGGACACAACCCCUUAGGGAAUCCUGGUGGUCAGGGUCACAAUCUAUUUUUAGGUGAAAGGAACCCAGGUAGCGGCGUUGCUAUCAACGGAGCAUCCUCCACGACUCCUACGCUAUUACCAAGUGGUGCACAUCUUCACCAAGAACAACAAGAUCUUAGUGCAGCGUUUCAACUCCAUCCAAAUCCAAACCCUGGUACAAAUCCAAACCCUGGAGCGCAACAUUCAUCAGGGAGUUAUCAACAAAUGUCUAGUACUACGUCAAUAAAUUACACCUCUACCACUCCUGCAUCUUGU